CCUGGGACGAUAUAGUGGAGUGUCCACCGUCUUUGCACAGACCCAUCCACGGGGAGAAGCUCCUUGGAAAGCAAAUCUGAAGCCAUUGGAGUAGGACCUUCGCCCGCCAUGGCGGCUGCUUCUUCUUCGUCGUCCUCCUCCUCUCCAUCCUCUUCCUCCUCCUCCUCCACGUCCUCUCCGUCCUCCUCCGACCCGGACUACAAGGUCACCACCUCCGACCUCGACGACGACGCCGCCGGCGUCGAGCUCCCGUCGUCGGACGAGGAAUUCCUCUCCGUCUUGCGCACGCAGGGCCACGUCGACGCGGUGUGCAAGAAAUACGGCAUCUCCGAGGACCAGUACACCGCCCUCCCCGCAGGCGACCUGCGCGCCAGCUCGUCCCCGCCGCACGGCGCCGUCUGCGUGUACGCGCACGCGCUGGAGGCCGGGAUGCGCGUCCCCCUGCACCCCUUCUUCGUCGACGCGCUCAACCACUUCGGCCUCGCGCCCACGCAGCUCGCGCCCAACGGGUGGCGCAUCAUGGCGGGAUUCGUUGUCCUCUGCCACUCCGCCGGCGUGUCGCCGUCCCUCGCGGUGUUCCGGCGGUUCUUCAUGCUGUCCACCCUCCCCCACAGCCACAAGCAGAAAAAAGGCUGGUACUACUUCCAUCCCAGAUCGAGGGACAGAUCCGGCUUGCGCUUCACGGGGUUGCCGGAGUCCAUCAAGGAUUGGAAGCGUGGGUUCUUCUUCCUCUGUUCGCCGACCGCGUGGCCUUGUCCUGUGGAGUGGGGCAGGCCGUCCAAGAGCUCUCUCGUGGACCCCGUGCUCUCCACCGAAGAUGAGGCAUCGGCGGCCAAGUUGCUACGUGCUCAGGGAGCCUCCUUCAUUGAUCUUAGGAAGUAUCUUUGCCGCAGCAAUCUUGCCAACGCCGGGAUAUCUCCCUUAUCGGCACCGGCACGGGCGCCGUCAUCACCGCAGCUCCCGGCACCGGAGCCGUCGUCACCGCAGCCGUCGUCACCGGAGCCGCCGCCUUCUUAUACUUGUACCGCCACCGAGUUCAAAGUGAUGGAUCCCGCAGUGUACGGCAUGAUGAAAUCCAUGCUAGCAGCGAAGGCGGCGGUUGCACAAACACCGGCAUCGGCGAACAAGGUGAAAAUCGAGCCGGGCGGAGAUGCGACGAGAUCGUCACCAUUGCGUGGGAAGAAGAGGAAUCUGGACGAAGCAGGCGGCAGCGACGGCCCACCAUGUGUGCUGCCAAACACUCCGCCUACCGCCGAUGACAGCUCGGCGCCCACCGGAAUUUGUUCCCCAACCGAAGCCUUCUCCCGGAGCAGCCGGAAGAUGCAGCAUAUUCCCAGCGGACACGACGGCGACAGCACCGACUGGGUCGCCGCGAGGGAGAGGCUGCGGGGCGUCGUCCCGCCGCAGCAGGAGCGCGUGUUUGCGGCGACCGAGCCCUCCGACAUCGUCGCGUCCAGCUACAUCGCCAUUCUUCAGUAUUUGUCUGUGGACGGCAACGACGCUUGCGUGCAGGCUGCAAACUACGCGUCCUUCUCCUUGGCCUACGCGCUGGAGCUGGAGCAGCGGCUGGUUGCGCGGGACGCGGAGGUCGCCGCACUGCGGACGCAGCUGGAGAAGUCGGAGGACAAGCUCGCCGCGGCGGAGGCGGAGGCGGAGAUGAUGAAGGCCGAGCUCGCCGUGCGGCGGCGCGCGCAGGACGCGCUGGAUGGCUAGGAGCGCUGGCGGGGCGGAAGCAAAACGUGAAACGCGUUGCGCGCUCUAGCUCUCCUUUCUACGCCGUCCGGCAGGUCAAACGGACGCUUAAUUACUACGUAUAUUCCUGCAGUCUCGUUGAUGAUCUUUUAAACACGACUGUUCUGGUUUAUCUUUGAAGUCCCCCUGUUCUGCGUUUCGGGCCAACA